CCUUUAGAAGAGAUAGCAAACUGUUUCAUAAGUUUUCACAUAUUUGAUUCUCUCAUCAAAAAUCAUUGUUACAUUCUUCUUGUUUAGACACUAGAAUCUACAUAGUCAAUAGACGAACUACUAUACCUAUAUUAUACUUGAUUAGGCUUAGAUAGGUACGGUAAAACAUAAGAUUGAUCAUAUGCUAGUUAUUCUCAUUGAUUCGCCUGAAUGGUUGCUUAGGCAUUUCUAUUACAUCAAAUGACCAUUACAGGUAAAGCUGGUAGAACCUUGUCCUGGAGUGAACGACUAGAAAUUGCUAUUGGAGCUGCAGAAGGGCUAGAGUAUCUGCAUCAUAAGUGUCACCCACCAAUAAUUCAUAGAGAUAUAAAGUCAUCUAACAUUCUCUUGGGACCAGAUCUAGAGGCAAAGAUAGCAGACUUUGGAUUGUCCAAGGCUUACAGAGGUGAUGAUGAGACUAAUGUGUCUACAAAUGUGGUCGGAACACCUGGAUAUGUUGAUCCUGAGUACCAUAACACUUUGCAGCUCACUGUCAAGAGCGAUGUAUUUAGUUUCGGGGUGCUUCUUUUUGAACUUUUAACGGGUCAAAUUCCUCUUGUACCCAGCUCAAGAAAGCCUCAUAUAAUGCAACGAGUGACUUCAACGCUUGUCAAUGCGCCUAUAGAUGCCAUUAUGGAUCCAAGAUUUGGAGGACAAUUCGAUGCCAAUUCUGCUUGGAAGGUCGAAGAGCUGGCAGAACAGUGCACUCAAGCAUCAGGAAGCAGGAGACCAACAAUGACUAAGGUUAUACUUGAGCUGAAGGAUAGCUUGGAACUCGAAUUUGGUCGCCUAAAUAGUAAGUUCAAACACAGUGAAGAUAUUAACACAAGCCAGAUCAGUUCAUUUGAAAUUGGAGGAGACACACCAGGACAAUCUCGUCCACUUGCAAGAUAAUUCUUGUCUAGUUUCACAUUCAGAUGUUGUGUUGUUUUAGUGUGGAAAAGUAAAGUUGUGGAGGAUGGAAUGAUUGCUAGUUUGGUUUGGUUUGUCAUCAACAUUCUCGAUUGAGUUGUUAUUUUCC